GGUGCGCGCGCGCGCCCCCAAAGCCUGGAAAAAGCUCGCGGUGGGUGGGGGGAAUCAACCUUAGCAAGGAGAGGGGACCAAACUGGGGGGCGACCGAGGGAGACUCGAGGGUCCCGGCGCCUCCUGUGAAGAAAACCGGGGGCGAGGGCGUGGCGGUCAAGAGGGGUCCGCUCUCCAUCCCCAGUGCCGCGCUUGUCCUCUCGUGCAGUCGGUGGGCAGCAGCUCGCCAGCCAUGUGCCUCCACCCGGUCUUGGCCGUAGCCGGGGCGUGAGCAUCGCCGCUCCGUGCAGCUGCCGCUUCUGCGUUCCUCGGGCUUGAAACUCAGGCUCCGCUCCGCAGGGGAAAUACAGAAUGAAAGAGGCAAUGUCAAAUAACAGUACAACAAGUAUAUCUCAAGCAAGAAAAGCAGUGGAACAACUAAAAAUGGAGGCAUACCUGGACAGGAUAAAGGUAUCCAAGGCUGCUGCUGAUUUGUUGGCAUACUGUGAUGCCCAUAUGGGAGAAGAUCCACUUAUUAUACCAGUGCCUGCAUCUGAAAAUCCCUUCAGGGAGAAGAAGCUGUUGUGUACUAUUCUUUGAAUUCCCUUAAAAUUAAAAAAAUGUCCUUUGUGAAAAUGUUACUGAUGGUGCAUGCUUUUCCUGAAAACCUCAUCUGGGUUACAUAAUAAUUUAGUUCAGUAGUGACUUUCUAAGAAAACAGUAUGUGGCAAAGCGCCUCCCUAGCCCCACCCACUGGGGUGGGUACCAUCCCUCCUUCCCUUUCCUGGGUGGUGUCACUCCCAUCCUGGCCCCUGGUCUUAGGGGGUCGUGUUGUCCCAAAUAGCUUCUGAGCCCACAGGUUGGCAAAGGCGGGUAUCUGUCCCUAACUCCAGUCCCUCCCUGCCAAGUCUUCUGCCACUAUUCCACCCUAUUGUAGCUCCUUUCCCUCUCCCUCCCUCUGAACGUUUCACCAACCCUCCGUCCACUCCCCUCUCCUCCACACACCACCACUCUCUGCCCCUUACUUCCUCCUCCCCCCGUUCCUCCAACUCCCUUUGUCCCAAUCCCAGGUCAGCUCUCCAGUUUGCGCACAGCCCCCUUGGUUUCCACCUCGCUCUCUCCGUCCCUUCCUUCCUUUCCCCCACCUUCUCAGCCCCUCCUGCGCUCUAGCAAGUUCCCAGGCUCCACCCCUCCUGGCCCAUAAGCACCAGGGAUGGCCAAAAGUGCGGAGCCUCCUGGGGUGCUCCCCACUCCGGCUGCGGCCUGACCUCUCCUGUCUUCCAGUGUCAGGCCUGCCAGGCUCCCAGGGCCAGCAGCAGUGGCCCUAGGCUGGUGCACUGACUGGCCAGCCAGGCUCCAAGCUGCUCUGGCCUUCAGCGGCUCCUCUGUGGCGGCGCUGGUCUCCAGGGGUUCCCUCUGUCCAGCACCUGGCUGGCCAUGUCUCAAGGCUCUCCCCCACUGAGGCAAGCUUGCGGGGGCUGCGAGGCUGGGGAGGGCUCUGGGAAAAGUCCGGGGAGGGGCCUCCCUUCCGACCCCGGACACAGUACUAUUUGAGGUUACUGUAAGUAUUUUACACAAAUGUCUAAGAUAACAUAAAAAAUUUUAAUCAACUCUCUUAGUUUAAAUAUUUAUGUUGUUGAUCGUUAUUUUGUAAUGAAGGACCUGUUUGAUCUCAGAUGUAUGACAUUUUGCCAAUUAGCCAGUUUGGUGUGUGUAUGUUUGUGAGAAAAACAGUUAUCGAGAUGAGCAAUACUAAUUCGGUUUUUAAAAAGUGUUUCUUUUAUUUUAAGAAAGGCAAGUUUAGCAAGUAGUGUUGUACUUGGUGAUGCCAAUGGAAAUGCUGGAGCUUUUCAGAAUCUAGUUUUAUCUCUCCAUUUUAGGAAUGAAUCUGCUAGGUUGCUUAAUCUUUGUUUUUGACUGCAUGAAAAGCAAUUCUAGAUUAUAAGCACAACAAAAACAUACACUAAAAUUAUGUUGAUGUUAACAUCAACAUUUGUCAGGUUGACAUUCUAGAAGAUUAGCAGAGUCAGUGUGUGUAGCAAGUACAAUCAAGAAAUUGUUGCUUCAGCUUCCACACAUUUAAGUAGUUGGGGUUUUUUUUACAAAAUAUUGAGUCUUACACUCCCAGUUUAGCAUUAUAAAACAUAAACCUAUCAGUGCAGGUAUGUAUCACCUGGACAUGCCUUUAAUAAUGGCUUUUAGCCCAGAUUUGUCACUGAAUGCUAUUAUUAUAGCUCUGCAUGCAUUAUGUAAUUGUGUUUUCUGUGUUACUGUUUAUGUUAAACAUUUCCUUAUGUCCUCUAAAUAAGAGCUAAAGGAUGAAUAUGAUUUUUCCUUUUGGACAACCACUUUUAAUUUGCCUCAUGCGAUGUGCCCAACAAUGUUACUGUAUGACCUAAAUCUUCUUCUCCUCAUUCAUGUUUUUAUGCUUUUGAUAUUGAUUUAAUAAAGAGAAUUUUGAUUUGU